UCUCUUCAACGAGGCGGCCGAGCGGACGCAGACAUGCAGAUCUUUGUGAAGACCCUGACGGGCAAGACCAUCACCCUCGAGGUUGAGCCCAGUGACACCAUUGAGAAUGUUAAAGCUAAAAUCCAAGACAAGGAGGGCAUUCCACCUGACCAGCAGCGUCUGAUUUUUGCCGGCAAACAGCUGGAGGACGGCCGCACUCUCUCAGACUACAAUAUCCAGAAAGAGUCCACCCUGCACUUGGUGCUCCGCCUGCGGGGCGGCAUCAUUGAGCCUUCCCUCCGCCAGCUCGCCCAGAAAUACAACUGCGACAAGAUGAUUUGCCGCAAGUGUUAUGCUCGCCUGCACCCUCGUGCUGUCAACUGCCGCAAGAAGAAGUGCGGCCACACCAACAACCUGCGCCCCAAGAAGAAGGUCAAAUAAGGCCCCUCCUCUGGCUCCUCCUUUGCCCGAAGCGUCACCUCCUGCCUGAGCCCCAUGGCCCUGGGGCCUCAAUAAAGUUUCCCUUUCAUUGACUGGAGCAGUAA